AUGGAGAAGCGGCUCGAGUGGACCCUCGAGGAGCUCUGCUUCGGUUGCAUCAAGAAGGUCUCCAUCACAGGAGACGCAUAUAAAGGCAACGGGCAAAGUGUGAAGGAAGAUGAAACGGUGACGAUCAAAGUGCAGCCGGGAUGGAGGAGAGGCACGAAGAUCACGUUCGAGGGGAAGGGGAAUCAGAUGCCGGGCGCAAGAGCUGCGGAUGUGGUAUUCGUGGUAGCAGAGAAAGAGCUUUCCUUGUUCAAGAGACGAGACGAUGAUCUGCGAAUGGAAGUUGAGAUCACGUUGGCGGAUGCUCUAUCAGGGUGCACGCUUCUCCUCCCGUUGCUGGGGGGCGAGACGACCAGCCUCGUGAUAGAGGACGUCGUGCACCCCGGCUGCAUGAAGGCCGUGAAAGGACAAGGCAUGCCAAAGCAACACGAGCACGGGGGCAAGAGGGGACUUGCUCGUCAACAUGUCCGUCAAGUUCCCUGUUGA